AUGCCUGAACGUCAAAAAGUUGCCCUUGUCACAGGUGCAUCCUCUGGGAUAGGAUUCGCCACAGCUGUCGAAUUUUCCAAGCGAGGUUACAAAGUCUUCGCCGGAGCUCGUAGACUUGAACCAAUGAAACCCCUUGCCGAACAAUACAAUAUAACCAUCUUUCAAAUUGAUGUUAGUGACCUUGACAGUGUUAAAAAUGCCAAAAAGUUUAUCCAAGAAGAGACGGGUGACGAAUUCUUAGAUGUGCUUUAUAAUAAUGCGGGGCAAUCAUGUACAUUCCCAGCAUUGGAUGUUACUGAUGAGCAAAUUGCUCAAUGUUUUGAGGUCAAUGUUUAUGGACCAAUGCGAGUCGUUCGCGAAUUGGCACCUCUAUUGAUAAAUGCAAAGGGAGUCAUUGGUUUUACUGGUUCCUUAAGUGGAAUUGUUCCAUUCCCCUUCUCAUGUGUCUAUUCAGCAACUAAGGCUGCUAUUCAUCAAUAUGCCGCCACUUUAAGAGUUGAAAUGGUUCCAUUUGGUGUUAAGGUUAUUAAUAUUAUCACUGGAGGAGUAAAGACGAAUAUUGCCGAUAAGAGGGAAUUACCAAAAGACUCAGUUUAUAAUGUUCCUGGAAUCGAAGAAGCAUUCGAAGCAAGAAGACUGAUGGCCAAGAAGAACAAUCCAAUGCCAGCCGAAGAAUAUGCAAGAAGAGUUGUCAAUGAUUUUGAAGGAGCAAGAUUAGAAGGUGCAUUGAAUGUUUAUAGAGGGAAGAUGUCAACUUUCUUGGCAUACGUGAUGGCACUUGUUCCUAGAUUUAUUGUUGAAAGAAUCUUAGUCAGAAAAUUCCAUUUGGAUGUUGUUUUCAAUUACUUGAAAGAGAAAUAUAGUAAGGAAAAGAUGCAUUAG